GCUGAGCCACCAAGGGGGAGGGGACAGGAGGGAGGGGGAGCUGUCUUGAGACGGGCGCCUGGUGAGCUCUGCCCCGCCCCCUCCAUGCAGUUUCCCAUGGGCCCCGCCUGCAUCUUCUUAAGAAAAGGCAUCGCUGAGAAACAGCGGGAAAGACCACUGGGACCAGAUGAGAUUGAAGAGCUCCGGGAAGCAUUUCUUGAGUUUGACAAGGACCGAGAUGGGUUCAUCUCUUGUAAGGAUUUGGGGAAUCUCAUGAGGACAAUGGGUUACAUGCCCACGGAGAUGGAACUGAUUGAACUGGGCCAGCAAAUCCGCAUGAACUUGGGUGGCCGUGUAGAUUUUGACGAUUUUGUGGAGCUGAUGGCCCCCAAAUUGCUUGCAGAAACAGCUGGGAUGAUCGGUGUCCAGGAGAUGCGAGAUGCUUUCAAGGAAUUUGAUGCCAACGGAGACGGGGAGAUCACCCUGGGGGAGCUGCAGCAGGCCAUGCAGAGGCUCCUGGGAGACAAGCUCAGUCCCCAGGAGAUCUCCGAGGUUGUCCAGGAAGCCGACAUUAACGGAGACGGCACCGUCGACUUUGAAGAGUUUGUGAAGAUGAUGUCUCGUUGA